GCGGCACCGGCGGGUCCCUUAAACGGCGGCACAGGGCGACUGAUCCCUCCCGCAGCCGCUGGCGUUUCCCUGGGGACGGGAGGAGGCAGCGGGUGGAGCGCGCACCCGAGUGCGAUUUAACGGCCAGUAACACGAGCCCGGCUGGCCGCGCUCGCGCUCCGGGGCAGGCUCUGCAGGAGAACGAGGCACCGCUCGUGUCUGCCCGUCUAGUCACCCCCGCCCCCGGGCAGGCACGCUCCGAGCCGGAGCCAGGCCUUGUCGGCUCCUGAGCGGUGAAAGGCCCCGGCUGGCUGGGUGAGGCCAUCCCCGCUCCGGGUGAAACGUUCUAGCCGGGACUGUCUCUCUCCGAGCGGGCCGGGUCUCCUCCUGUGUGUGUCUAGUUCAGUGUUACAGCGGCUGAGGGCGGCUUAACUAAAGCGUAUGUAAUUUAUGGACCAGCUCCGCCAUUUACACACAGCCGCUGCUCCGGCGGGGAUCACUGAAUACGACUGCACGGAAAGGCCGGAGAACAGAAGGGGCCGCAGGUCCCUUUUCAGAUGUGUAACUUUCAAUGCCCCUGGAUGGCACUAGAAAAGUCAGUUGGCAUAGUUGGCUCCAAGUCACAUGGGAGUAGGGUAGAGCAAUUCUAGCAGCUGUAGUUCAAAACAAGUUGGCCUGUCAGGGAAAAAGCCAUCCGUAAACAGUGUGCAUCACUUCCUUUUGCCCCGGGGGAAAGGUUUGUAACAGCCACUCUUGGACUCAAAGGUAGCAGGAAUUGAGGUGUUACAGGUUAAGAGCAUGGGCAUCCAUGGAUUAAUGAGCUAUGUGGGAGAGCACAAGCAGUUCUUCACUGAUAUACAAUUAAGGAACACAAAAAUAAUCAUUGAUGGAAAUAAUUUGUUUCAUCGGCUUUAUUUUGAAUCAAAUCUAGACCUCCAACAUGGAGGGGAUUAUGAUUCUUUUACAGAUAUUGUACACAAGUUUUUUGAAACUUUGUCUGUAUGCAAAAUAUACCCAUAUGUUGUAUUAGAUGGAGGGUGUGACUUGUUGGAUAAGAAGUUUGCGACAUUAAAAGAAAGAGCCCGGGAUAAGAUCCAAGUAGCAUAUUCCAUCUCUAGAGGCGGUGGUGGAAGCGUGCUACCCCUGCUCACCAGAGAAGUUUUCAAGCAAGUCUUGACCAAAUUAGAAGUGCCUUUUGUCCAGUGCUUCUCAGAAGCAGAUAGGGAUAUUGUGUCAUUGGCUAAUCACUGGAACUGUCCCGUAUUAACUUUAGACAGUGACUUUUGUAUUUUUGAUUUGAAAGCUGGGUAUUGCCCUCUGAAUUACUUUCAGUGGAAAAACCUUUGCAUCUGUGAAGGCACACUGGACUGCUACAUUCCAGCUCGAUGCUUCUCUUUAGAGAGACUGUGCAGCCACUUCAGUCAUAUGAACAAAGCCCUUCUUCCUCUCUUUGCUGUAAUGAAUGGUAAUGAUUACAUUAAUCUGCCAGCUCUGGAGACAUUCUUCAGCAAGGUGCGUCUGCCAGGUGGAGGCUCUGGCUGGAGGGGGAGGAAGCAUGUGCGCAUCCAGGGACUUCUAAACUGGUUAUCCCGUUUUGCUGACCCCACAGAGGCUAUAGGCAAUGUACUGAAAUAUCUUAAAAAGCAUGAGAGAGAAGAAAUAAGGGAGCUUCUGUGCGCUUCCAUGGAGGAAUAUGAACAGUCUGAUGUGAAUCUUGAGGAUUUUUUUCAGAAUGGAAACUUUGACUCUCAGGUGACCAGGAAAUUAGCAUUACCACAAUGGAUGCUUGAGGCUUUGGCAAAAGGUCAUUUGUCUCCAUUCAUUAGUGAUGCCCUUCUAUUAAGAAGAACAAUCCUUCAUGUUCAGGUGGAGAACUUGCAGAGGCCUAGUGCUCACACAGUUGCCUUACCCAUUCGUCAAGUCAUCUAUGGGUUACUUCUGAAUGCCUCUCAAAAUUCUGAAGUUACUUCCCCAAGUAAGCAGUCCAACAAGCUGCCGAUUGUCCAUGAAUUUGAUAGAAGCCAAAAGACUCUUAAAAAAUUCUUUGUUCCAACAACAAUACUGCCUCGGGAUUUUUGUGAAGACCAUCGCCCUUUGGCCACAUUAACUGAGGUACCCAGAUCAGAUCGGCUAAAACUUCUGUUGGAGACACUAGGAGUGAAAGCCAGCAGCCUGCAACCCAUCCCCAGUCCCUUGCGGCUCCCUGUUGCUGUAACCUGCUAUUGGACACGUUACUCAGAACCCAAAGUGAAAUUGCAUUGUUUACAGGCAUUACUUCUAGGAAUGGUAUUUGGGGAAUUGCACAGGACAACAAGUAGCCCAGAUCCUGCAGUUUUCCAUGUCAAAGAUAAAAUGAUCUAUGACCAGUUUCUAAAAUGGAAGGAAAAGAAUUUUCAGAAAUUACUGGAUUUAGACACAGCACACACUUUCUGCCAGUGGCAGUGCUGCCUCCAGAUGGGAUUGCAUCUCAACCAGCUACUCUCUACUCCUCUCCCUGAACCAGACUUAACGCGGCUUUAUUGUGGGACCCUUGUGCAUAGACUAUGCAAAGAGCUUAAAUCAGCACAUGGAGCAGAGAAUCUGCUUAUCUCAUCUCCAAAGAUGAGCCAGCUUUUUUGUGAUCUGCUCCAUGCAGUAAAGUCAACUGUAGCACCAGACUUCUUCCAGGAGACAACCAAGACCAAAUCCUGCAAGGAAAAGAACAAGCAAGCCACUAGUCAAGCAGAGACUACCAGACAGCAUGCUACAUUGGAAGCUCAGCCUUUCUGUGAUAACAGAUUUGCAUCACUAAUGGUGGAAGACUAAAAGCAGCACAUACAUGACAUUCAAAUAAUUCUGCCUUGUGAAUGGAUCACAGUUACAAUGAAGUGGGUGAACUGCAUUGGAAUGUAACUGGCCUUUUUACAAAACUUUAUUCACAUGGAUCAAUUUUUAGAAUGAAUCUUGCUACAGUGAUUUUUUUCUAUAAAAAUGUUUAUAGGAUACUGUCUGAACUUUCCAAAAAUGGUCAGUCAUUUGAUGUCCUUGAAUACAAUAGAAAAAAUGAAAUUUGCAAUUUUAAAGUAAAGCAGUAAGAGGACACUAUGCUCCCCACCCCUCCGACCACCAUUUGCACAAAAAACACAACCACACACACCACAAGAAAGCUACGCCAUCACAACUACAUACUAGACAUGGAAAGCAAAAUUUAAAUUUGUGAUUAGCAAGGCCAGUGUCCACCAGUGAGAUUUUCAAAAGUUUCCAAGGGAGGAACAUGGAUCCCUGACUUCCAUUGACUUUCAGUGGAAGUUUGACCAUCUGCUGUGCCUCUGGUAUUCUGAACUGUUGGGGAAAGAAACUGAAACUUAUCCUUUUCUUCUCCUGUGUUUGUCUUAAGAAACAGGUUUGAAUAGUCACUACCAAGCCUGAAUACUACCACCUAAAGCAGACUAUUUUUUCUUCUAUCAGAUACCUUUGAUACACGCCCACGCCCCCCGAGACUGUCAAGCAAGGGUCUUUUCCCAGAAGAUUCCAAAAAUAAAGGAAUGUUUAAAAUGAAUCUAUUUUAAUAAAGAUGUUUUAAAUAAAGUUAUGCAUAUAGGUUUGA